CCACAUAAGAGUUCUUGGUGGAGACGCAGACUGUCAGACUCUUUGACCGAGAUGACUUCAUACACCGUGACUGUUGCCACGGGCUCUCAGUGGUUCGCUGGCACUGAUGAUUACAUUUACCUGACCUUGGUGGGGACGGAUCGCUGCAGUGAGAAAACUCUUCUGGAUAAACCACUAUAUAAUGACUUUGAGCGAGGAGCGGUGGACUCAUAUGACAUCAAAGUAUCAGAGAGUCUUGGUGACAUAGAACUCAUAAAGAUUGAGAAGAAAAAGUACUGGAUGCUUGACGACUGGUAUUGUAAAUACAUUACAGUGAAGACUCCCAAUGGAGAUUACAUUGAGUUCCCUUGUUUUCGCUGGGUAGUGGACGAUAAAGAGGUGAUACUUCGAGAUGGCAGAGCUCGUCUGCCUCAGCAAGACAAAACCAGAGUGGCGAAACAACACAGACGCAAGGAACUGGAAAACAGACAGAAGAUUUACAGAUGGAGGGAGUGGCAUCCUGGCUUUCCCAUGAGCAUCGAUGCAAAUACCCAUAAAGAGCUUCCGCGAGAUAUCCAGUUUGACAGUGAGAAAGGCAUCGACUUCGCUCUAAAUUACAGUAAAGCGAUAGAGAACCUCUGUAUUAACCAGUUCAUGCACAUGUUCCAGUCCUCAUGGGGAGAUUUUGGAGAUUUUGAACGGAUAUUUGUGAGGAUCAAGAACACAAUAUCAGAGUAUGUGAUGCAGCACUGGAAAGAAGACUUUAUGUUUGGAUAUCAGUUUUUAAAUGGCUGUAAUCCCGUCAUCAUCAAGAAGUGUACAGAAAUACCAGAGAAGUUUCCAGUCACACAUGAAAUGGUGAAAGACUUCUUAGAAAGAGACCUUUCUUUGGAAGAUGAGCUGAAGGCAGGAAACUUGUUUAUAGCAGACUACGAGAUCAUGGAGGACGUCACAGCUAAUGCUACAGAUCCUUGCACCCUGCAGUAUUUAGCGGCACCCAUUUGCUUGCUGUACAAGAACACUCAGAACAAAGUUUUGCCAAUCGCCAUACAGCUAAGUCAAACCCCAGGUGAAGACAGCCCAAUCUUCCUGCCUACUGAUAAUGACUAUGACUGGUUGUUGGCCAAGAUCUGGGUAAGGUCUUCUGACUUUCAUGUGCACCAGACAGUGACACACCUCCUGAGGACCCAUCUGAUAUCUGAGGUUUUUGGCAUUGCUAUGUUCCGACAGUUGCCUGCCGUCCAUCCUGUGUACAAGUUGAUUUUGCCACAUGUUCGUUACACAAUUGCUAUCAACACAAAAGCACGCGAGCAACUCAUCUGCGAAUGUGGACUCUUUGACAAGGCUAAUGGUACAGGUGGAGGUGGCCAUGUAGAGCUAGUGCAGAAAGCCAUGAAGACUUUCACCUAUAAGUCCUUGUGCUUUCCGGACUCCAUAAAGGCUCGAGGCAUGGACAGCAAGGAAGAGAUUCCCUACUACUUCUACAGAGAUGAUGGCAACUGUGUGUGGGAGAUAAUCAAAAGUUUUGUGGAGGACAUUGUGCACAUAUUCUAUGAUAGUGACAAAACAGUGCAGGAGGAUGAGGAGAUACAGGCAUUUGCCAAAGAUGUCUGCAGCUUUGGAAUGCAGGAUUCUGAUUACUGUGAGUUUCCAAAAUCAUUGCAGAACCGAGAGCAGCUGGUGGAGUACCUGACUGUUAUAAUCUUCACAGCUUCUGCACAACACGCUGCUAUCAACUUUGGCCAGUAUGACUGGUGUUCAUGGAUCCCAAACUCUCCACCCACUAUGCGGAAACCCCCACCUACAAAGAAGGGUGAGGUUGAUAUGGCAUUCAUCUUGCACAGUCUGCCAGACCGUGGUCGCUCCUGCUGGCAUCUCGGAGCAGUGUGGGCUCUUAGUCAGUUCCAAGACAAUGAGCUGUUCUUGGGCAUGUAUCCUGAUGAACACUUCAUUGAGAAACCGGUGAAGAAAGCUAUGGAGACUUUCCGGCAGAAGCUGGACGAGCUAACCAAAGCCAUCAAAAAUCGCAAUGAGGGGAAGAAUCUUCCCUUCUUCUACCUGUCUCCAGACAGGAUCCCAAACAGUGUGGCACUCUGAAUCCUACAAGCUGGAGGGUUUGUGUGUGAAGGAAAAUUUCCUGCACUGUUAUUGUCACAUGCCUAAUUUUGUAAUACAUUCUUUGUGUAAGAACAUACUGUAUACUUUGAUAAAUUUGUGGUUUUGAAUUACGUAUUACAGUUAAGUUUUCCAUCUUGCUAUAAAAUGAUUGGUGGAUUUCAAUAAAUAUAGAUUACUCAAA